AUUGUUUUUGUACUCAUUUUAAAUUUUGCAUGCCUAAUAGUAUGCACACCAGGAGUAUGUGCUCGUGGAUAGUUCUUUUUUCGCUAGUUUCGUUUGCAGAUUGCUUUUGGGGUGAUAGUGUUAUAAGAGAUAUGAUAAAUAGUUUAUCCAGUAUUACAGAGGACGAUGAAUGUAAUCAACAGGAUUUGUGUGAUGAAAUGCAAAUUAUGCUACAUUUGGCUUGUAUACGAGUGACGAGUCCCGAACGCAUAUUGCUUUUAUUAACAUGGGACUCUAAAAAUAGUACAUGUAACAGUGUACACCGUGUUUUGCAGCACAUAAACGACACUCUCACAGAUUGCGUACCGCUGCCCUCAAAUAAUCUCUAUAUGCGGCUCUAUCGUGCAUUGCAAUUCUUUAACGGACAAAUUUGCGGCAAAGCAGAAACCAAGUCGAAACAUCUGGAAAAUUAUCGCAGCUGCAUAGCAGAACUUCGUGAGGAUUUGAUUGAUUGCGAAGGCCCGGCUGAUUGGUUCGAGAAACGGAGUAAUGCAUAUGUUUGCAGACAAUUCACCGAAAUAAUUAAUUGCGACUACUUAAGAGCGGCUCUUCUCUGUGGGCUUAAACCAGCACGUAUGUUGCGAAGUUUUGCGGCUGAAGUUUUAAACAAAGCGCUAGUGUCCAAGUGCCCGAUUACGUCCACACUACCGCAUGUAAAUAAUCCAAUGUCAGAUGCUUGCAGUCGAAUGCUUCCACAUGUAUCUCCCGUUCAAAUUUAUAUAUUUUUACUAGCUUUUAUGUUACAAUGUUUGAUGCAAUAA